AUGGAAUGGACUGUGGUAUGCUAUGGGGAUUCAACUUUAUUGAAUGACCUACCAUUGCUGUGGGACGAAAAAGUUUCUGAACUAGAAAAAUCGAAAAUAAAAUUAGCCGGUCGAGCAAAAGGAAAAUACUUGCUUGGUGAUAUGUAUCGAAUGAAAUUUCGACCAACAUAUGGAAAAGAUGUUUUUCAUAAAAAGAAGCAAGCAUCCGACCAGCCCAAAAGAAAUACUGUGAUAUUAACUCAACCAUGCUUUAAUGUGACUGAUAUGCUACAUUCAAAUCCGCAGCCUUUUGUAACGACUCCCCAUCCACUGUUAAUAUGGAAAUUGAGUGGCAAAACGGAGAAGGCAGAGAAGUGA